AUGAUACCCGCUGGUCAUCACUGCAGUCGAUCGUUGCUGCUUCGACGAGUAUCCAGCUGGUCCGAAGUCACAGCAUCCCAUCAACGUUCGGACGGCAGUGGCGAUGAGUUUGAACAACAACAACAACAACAACAACAACAACAACAACAACAACAACAACAAGCUGAGGAGCACUCCUCCUUGCUUCUAGACACGACGGAUGACGAAGAGAUUAAUGAUUCCUUUGCUGCUGCAAGUGCUGUCGAAGCGCAAGUUUGUGAUUCUAUUAUUAUUAAUAAUAAUAUUAAUAAUACUGGUGAUGCUUUGAUUGAGAAUGGAGGUCAACAGCAGCAACAACAAACACAACAACAAACACAACAACAUCUCAUGGACCCUUCCUUUAAUCCCUUUUUCCCUUCACUGGAGUACGAACCUCCUUCUACGGACGAUGGAAUCUCUAUCGUUUCUUUGAUGCAGCUAUCGGAACGAAGCAAGAAAGAAUGGAAACUAUGGUUGGUCUUUUUCAUUUUGGUGUCAUCCGGUGUGGCAAAUGUGGUUUUGGCCAAGCUUCAAUCCUUGCCCAUGUACAAUUAUCCGACCUUUCUCAAUGUCUACGCGAACUUUUGUUCCAUCAUCCUGUCCCUGAUUUGUUACAUUUUUCCGGCCAUUCACUUUGGAUGGUUCUCGCACUCGAUCUCCUGGAGGCAUUUGUCCGUUUCGAAAAAGCCCUUUUUGGUCAUGGGAUUCCUCGAUGCCAUGGCAGCCGCCAUGCAAGUUUUAUCUACCAUAUAUCUGCCCGGAACUUUGUUGGUCUUGUUGCCACAAGCGGCGAUUCCCCUGAGCAUGAUUGUGAGUCGGUUGGUCUUACGAGAGUCCUUUACCUGGCAUCAGAUUACGGGAGCUGCCAUUGUGCUAGGUGGGAUUGUGGUAGUAAUAAUGCCGGUCUUGACGCAUCACCGAGCACCGAGUUAUUCCUGCCAGGCAAUCAUGGGCUUUGAAGAAGAAUUCUGCUCGAUUUGCGAAAUGGAAGUUUCUGAAAUUGGUUGCCGAUCGCAUGUCAAGAAUACUAAUGAAUCUGCUGGAAAUUACAUUGCUUCUUGGAAUAAUGAAACAACAACUGAUACUCCUGUCUCGCUCUUUUGCGAAUGGGUCAGCAAGGAAGAAUCCAUCCGUCACGAUGACUCGUUGGUAUUUGUUUGGUCCUUUGUCAUGCUGGCCUCUUGCAUCCCAAUGGUGGUUUCCACCGUCUACAAACAAGUCGCGUUGCAGGUGGAGAUGGAUCCCAUCUUGGUCAAUUGCUUUGUGGCCACCUUUCAACUCUUGUUUGGGAUUCCAUUGGCCAUUCCGGCCGGUGUGUCCUCGUCUCCUCAAGUCACACCCUGGGAGUUGCCCGAAAACUGGUGGUCCGCUUCCAAAUGCUUAUUCUUUCAAGACAAUACGAUUCAAAGUGGUUGCCAUCCGGAUGACUGUUCCAAGGCGGCGCUCUUUGUGCAUUUGGGACUGCUCACUUCGGCAGUUUACACCAUUUCAAUGAUGUUGGUGCUGAAAUAUGGAUCAGCAUCUCUGCUGUACUUGGGAUUGACAUUGGUCGUUCCAUUGGGACACUUGGUCUUUUCGAUUCAUUCGCCCGAAAUGGUACAUGGGUCGGAUGUUUUUGGUCUAGUGAUUUUGCUCGCUGGAUUGGUCUUGUACCGAUUCGCUGGACAGGAUGCAAAUGAUGAUGCUCCUCCAAACAACAGUCAAGUUGGUGUUGGUCCAGAGGAGGAUGAAAUCAUGGUGUCUGGCGCGUAUCAUCGUUUGGGUGAUGACGAUGAUGACGCGGAACCCUUGCACAUUAAUGAUCCCACCAUUGCACUUUUGGAGGAAAGAGAUAAUACUUGUCAAGACGGACAAGUUGUGGCACCGGAAGGUCUUCACGUACGAAACAAUACUGAUGGUUCUGCAGAUGGCUUUUUGGAAUUUCUUCGCGAGCCCUUUUUGAUGGUGGGUGACAUAUAA